UAUAUUUUGUGACGUGCAUAGGAGACGUCUAUCUUGUGAGGUAUUCCAAGUUUGAAGUAUUCUUGUGCUUUAUGUUCGGAAUAAUUCGAUAUAAUAUGGGCUGUUCUUCGUUUAAUUAAAUUAAAAUUGAAAUAAUUUAUAAUACAUCAAAUUAUUAUGUGGUGUCGUAAUGUCCAGUCAAAAUUGUUUGACUGCGAUGACCUGACUUAAUCAGUAAAAGGAGCAUGAUAUGGGAAGUCAGAAUGUUUUGAUAAACUUAAAUAAUGUAUAUUCUUAUUUAAAAUAUCAAAGAAAAAAGCCACAUGAAUAAUUUAGUCAGUAGCAAAUUAUCAAUCUAGAGUUGAUCGUGUUAUGAAUGGAAUGAGGAAAUAAUAGUCCUUUAAUGUGGUACAAUAUGCUUCCAAGAUUAAGAAGAAUAUAUCGGUUUUAUAUGAUAGUUGUCGCAAUUAUAAUGAUUAUUGGAUUUAUAAUUUGGUCUAAUAGCAAAGAGAAGUCUAAUGAUUUUGAUUCUUCAAGACAUCUAAAUGAUCGACGAGAUUAUUUGGAUAGUCCAGGUAUUAAAGUGAUAGUAGGUCAUUACAUAGGAGAUUCCAUUAAUCCAUUGAUAACUUCUAAUAUUACAAAAGAAAUUAUUAAUAAAAAUAUGUUUGAUCCUCGUCCGUUUGAAGGUAGAAACGGAGAACCAGUUAUAAUACCAUCUAAAGAUUUCAUCAAAAUGCAACAACUCUAUCAAAUAAAUCAUUUCAAUUUAAUGGCAAGUGAUAGAAUACCAUUAAAUCGUUCUUUACCCGAUAUAAGAAAAAAAAAAUGUAUUACGAGAUAUGCGAAUUUAGUUGAUCUUCCGAGAACGUCGAUAAUCAUAGUAUUUCAUAAUGAAGCAUGGAGUACAUUAUUGAGGACAGUUCAUAGUGUCAUUAAUAGAUCACCUAAAAAAUUAUUAGAAGAAAUAAUACUCGUCGAUGACAAUAGUGAUAGAGAUUUUUUAAAAAAUCCUUUGGAUGAAUACGUAAGGACGUUAGAUGUCUCCACGCGAGUAAUACAUUCAAGAAAACGAAUAGGUUUGAUAAAAGCUAGAAUUUUGGGAGCAAAAGAAGCCAAAAGCGAAGUACUCACUUUUCUUGAUGCCCAUUGUGAAUGUACGGUUGGAUGGCUGGAACCAUUGUUGGAAGUGGUAGCAAAGAACAAGACUCGUGUAGUAUGUCCUAUUAUCGAUAUUAUCAACGACAAUACGUUCAGUUACACACAAUCAUUGGAACCACAUUGGGGCGCCUUCAAUUGGGAUUUGCAUUUUCGUUGGUUAAGCCUAAACGGUCAACUUUUAAAAGAAAGACUUAAAGACAUCAUAGAACCGUUUAGAACACCUGCUAUGGCCGGUGGACUCUUUUCGAUGAACAGAGAUUAUUUUUUCGAGUUGGGCGGUUACGAUGAUCAAAUGCGCAUUUGGGGUGGUGAGAAUUUAGAACUAUCCUUUCGCGUUUGGCAAUGUGGUGGCAGCAUAGAAAUUGUUCCUUGUUCGCACGUCGGCCAUCUUUUUCGAGAGACAUCGCCGUACACUUUUCCUGGUGGAGUGGAUGAGGUACUCUAUGGAAAUCUUGUCAGAGUAGCUUUGGUAUGGAUGGACGAAUGGGCUGAAUUUUUUUUCAAGUUUAAUCCCGGGGCAGCCAGAUUAAGGGACAAACAACAAGUUAGAUCGAGAUUAGCUUUGCGAAAAGAAUUACAAUGUAAGAACUUCAAAUGGUAUUUGGACAAUGUUUGGCCUGAACAUUUUUUUCCAAAGGAUAAUCAAUUUUUCGGCAAGAUCGUACAUCUGGUUACAAAGAAAUGCAUCAUGCGUCCUCCGAUAAAAACUAUGUACUCGCAGAUUUCGACUUAUCUCAUUCUCGAAACGUGCGUGCCACGUCCUAUUCUUACUCAAAUGUUCAUUAUGACUAAAACUGGUGUUAUAAUGACGGAUGAAAGCCUUUGCUUGGAUAUAGUGGAGAACGAUACGCAACAUACAAGGCCAGAAAUAAAGAUAAUGGCUUGUAAUGGUCUCGAUAAACAAAAAUGGCAAUACAACGUAAAGUUUUCCCCAAAUGAUUUGUUUAUAUGGAUGAGAGGAUAAAAAAAAUAGAAAAAUAAUUUUACAUACGAUGUCCAAAUUGUGUCUUCAAUAUGUGGCCAAUAGAAAGGAGGGUCUUGUAAUAGCAGAUUGUAAUGGAAACAUCGAACAGCAAUGGUUAUUAGAAUCCGUCUCGUGGAAAUAAUUAUCAGUAUUUCUUUUUAUAUAUUAAUUAUUACAAUGUACUUUCCUUUUAAACGAUGUAAACUAACA